AUGGGCGGGCUGGAUUUGCCAUCGUCAGGGCAUGUCGAAGUGCUGGGCAAGCGUAUGGAUCAACUCUCCGAUACCGAACGCGGCGCAUUGCGCAAUGAGUCGAUGGGCUUUAUUUACCAGUUCCAUCACUUGCUGCCAGAAUUCACGGCGUUGGAAAACGUGGCAAUGCCGUUGUUGAUUCGUGGUGUGAAAGUGGCUGAUGCCAGUGCGCAAGCGGCGGAUAUGUUGGCAAAAGUCGGCUUGAAGGAACGUGUGGAUCAUAAACCCGCGCAACUUUCCGGGGGUGAACGUCAACGUGCGGCGAUUGCUCGCGCCUUGGUAUCACGCCCCAAAGCCGUGUUGGCAGAUGAACCGACAGGCAAUCUUGACCAUAACACGGCUGAUAGCGUGUUUAACCUGAUGCAGAGUUUAAAUGAUUCCUUGGGAACGGCGUUUGUCGUGGUGACGCACGACCUGCAAUUGGCGGCGAAAAUGGAUACGGUGUAUCGCCUGACGGAUGGGGUGUUAGGGGCUGCGUAA